AUGGUUCUUGCCCGAAGAGUCUUUGGUGAAUCUUAUCUGGUGACAGUUGAUCUGAUCCCUCGAAAUGUUCUCCAAGCAAAUAAUUUCGAUUUGAACGAUUUUAAUUUACAGAAUGAAUACUACACGUACUUGAGUAUGUGUCAAAAUGACACAGGUAUCAAUGUCUACGCACUAUAUCAACGUGAAUGUGAUAAGGAUAAUCAGGUGGCACUUGCAAGAUGGGGUGUAUUCGAAGUGGAGACAUUCAAGAACUAUUCUGCUGAAGUACAAGCGUAUGCGGCUGGUGUUGCUGAGGGAAUCCUAUCGAGAGAGUUGAUUUAUUACCAUUUCCGUAAUACAAUAGAGGAUAUGUGCAAAGGAUAUCGAGCUUACUGUAAAAAGCUCUACCAAUAUGUCUCAGAGAAUUUGAACUGGAUUAAAAAAACAGUUGCACAAAAGCCAAAAAGUGAUCUCUAUUGGAGACAGGUAAAACUUUUGUUACAUAUCCUCUGA